AUGGCAUUAAUUUUGCCCCUGGGGUCACGAGCAUCUCGGUGCGACCUUACAAAGGUUGUGAUGGAGAAGAUGGUAUCAGAAAUGUUAGAAGCGGGAAUCAUUCGAGAAAGUUCAAGCCCGUUUUCUAGUCCAGUGUUGUUAGUGCCAAAGAAAGACAACGCUUGGCGUUUCUGUAUCGAUUAUCGUGCGUUGAACAGAGCAACUAUCCCAGAUAAAUUUCCGAUUCCGGUUAUUGACCAACUACUGGAUGAGCUCCAUGGUGCCACGAUCUUCUCCAAAUUAGACCUGCGAUCCGGUUAUCAUCAGAUAAGGAUGUUGGAGCGAGACAUUCAUAAGACCGCUUUUCGAACAUUUGAGGGUCACUAUGAGUUGCUCGUUGUGCCAUUUGGGCUAACCAAUGCGCCUGCAACAUGUCAAGGACUCAUGAACAAAAUCUUCAAACCAAUUCUUCGAAAGUUUUUUCUGGUGUUCUUUGAUGACGUGCUGGUUUAUAGUUCGAGUGUGGAGGAACAUGUAGAGCACUUGAGGAAGGUGAUGCAAGUGUUUCAAGAGCAAUCGCUACUGGAUAACAAGAAGAAGUGUAUCUUUGGGAUGCCACAAGUUGAAUAUCUCGGACACAUAAUUUCAGCGGAAGGCGUGGCAACAGAUGCAACUAAGACUUCAGCUAUGAAGAGUUGGCGAGUGCCACAUUGUGUGAAGGAAUUGAGAGGAUUUCUUGGUCUAAUAGGAUAUUACAGAAAGUUUGUUCGUGGAUAUGAAAUCAUCGCGAGACCUCUCACAGAGCUAUUAAAAAAGGACAAAUUUAUGUGGUCAUGGGAAGCACAAGAAGCGUUUGAGCAGUUAAAGGCAGCAAUGGCUUCAGCUCCCGUUUUAGCUAUGCCUGACUUUGAUAAGGUGUUCGUUUUGGAAACUGAUGCGUCUGGGUUUGGUGUUGGUGCUGUUUUGAUGCAAGAUAAACGGCCGAUAGCCUUCUUCAGCCAUGGGUUCACACCUCGAGAGCAACUUAAACCAGCUUAUGAAAGAGAACUUAUGGCAAUUGUGAUGACAGUAUUGAAAUGGAAACAUUACUUAGUGGGACGGAAAUUUGAAGUUCAUACCGAUCAACGGAGUUUGAAGUACUUGUUGGAGCAGAAAGAUGUGAAUUUGGAGUAUCAGCGUUGGUUGACUAAGCUAUUGGGAUUUCAUUUUGAUAUUAUGUACAAGCCAGGUUGCGAAAACAAGGCUGCUGAUGGAUUAUCUCGGAUUCCGACUACAUCGCCUCUCAUCAGUACUACUUUGCUCGCUUUGACAGUUCCAGAGGCUUUACAGUUACAAGAUUUUUACAAGGAGAUUGAUCAGGAUUUGCAUAUUCAGACGCUGAUAUCUCAAGCUCAGAAUGGUUCUUUGACAUCAAGGUACGAAGUGAUAAAUGGAAGACUCUGGUUUCGCCAACGUCUUGUGAUACCGGCGACUUCAACUUUCAUUCCUCUCAUCAUCAGUCAGUGCCACGAUAGUCAGAGUGGGGGUCACUCCGGUGUGCUGAAAACAGUGAAGCGUAUUCAGUUGUCGUUUCAGUGGCAGGGCAUGUUCAAGACGGUUCAACGUUAUGUGGCAGAGUGUAUGAUUUGUCCGCAGUUCAAGUACUCUACACUUUCUCCAGUAGGGUUGCUUCAGCCGCUACCGAUUCCGAACUUAGUGUGUGAAGAUAUAUGUAUGGACUUUGUCGAGGGCCUACCUGUUUCUGGAGGCUACAAUGUAAUCUUCGUGGUGAUUGACCGGCUAAGCAAGUAUGGGCAUUUCAUUGGCCUUCGUCACCCUUUUACAGCUGUGGAUGUGGCACAGAAAUUCAUUGCAGAGGUGGUUCGCCUACACGGGUUUCCGCGUUCCAUCGUUUCGGAUCGUGACAAGAUAUUUUUGAGUAAGUUUUGGAAGGAGUUGUUUCGUUUGGAAGGGACUAAACUGAACUACAGUACAACUUUUCAUCCCCAAACCGAUGGCCAAACAGAGGUUUUAAACCGUUGCCUCGAGACUUAUCUUCGCUGCUUUGCGUCGUGUCAUCCGAAGACUUGGCAUAAGUUUUUGGCUUGGGGAGAACUUUGGUACAAUACCUCAUAUCACACUUCCCUCAAGAUUUCUCCGUUUAAGGUCCUUUAUGGUCGGGAGCCUCCAUCUAUUCUGAAAUAUGAACCAGGCUCCACCGUGAAUUUUGAAUUUGAGGAGAUGUUAACAGAGCGUGAUAAGAUGUUGGAAGAGGUCAAAUUCCAUCUUCAGCGAGCUCAGAACACCAUGAACGAGUCAGCGAAUAAGCAUAGACGUGAUGUUCAAUUUGCCGUCGGUGAUAAAGUCUUUCUUAAACUAAAAUCGUAUCGGCAACAGACUGUGGUGAAGCGUUUGUGCCCGAAAUUGGAUGCUCGGUUCUUUGGCCCUUAUUCAGUCUUGGAGAGAGUGGGUAAAGUAGCCUACAAACUGGAUUUACCUCCGGGGUCAAAGAUUCAUCCGGUUUUUCACGUAUCUCAGUUGAAAAAGGCUGUGGGAGAUGAUGCGCAACUCCAGCCUUUACCACUUACUAUGACUGACUUACGCACGGAAGAUUUGGAACCCGAAGAAGUUUUGGCAAAACGUUACAAUGCCACCGGUUGUGUGGAGUUGUUGAUUAAGUGGAAGGGUCAACCUGAUCAUGAAAGCACAUGGGUGCAGUCUGCUGAGUUGUUCAAGCAGUUUCCUAAUGACAAGCUUGAGGACAAGCUCGUUUUCGACGGAGGGUGUAUUGAUAAGAUACAUAGAACGUAUUAUCGGAAGCGAGGAAAGGGGCCAAACGAUACGUUGACUAUCACGAAAGAGUUGACUGGUCAAACCUCCGGUUGA